AUGUUAGAAGCUGCACAAAGAUAUGAAAAAGUUUUUGCAAUGUUAGCACAGAUUGAUAAGGACUUUCAAGAGAAGUUUAUUUUUGAGAAAGACAAGGAAUCUGUUUUACCAAGUGAUGCUGAUAUUGAGGAAGCUAUAGCUAGUGAUGAUAUCUUGGAAGAAGUGGUAUUCUUCGAUGCAACUAUCAAUUUUUCUGCUUCUACACAAGUCACUACUCAUUCUUUCUUAUGGGAGUUGGUAUUCAUCCAUGAACAAUUAAUUGAAUUUAGAGAAAAUGUAGCAUCAGAUCCAUUUAUUGCACGUAUGUCUCGUCUUAUGUUUGCCAAGUACAAUAAGUAUUGGGGUGUGUACGAGAAAAUGAAUCCUGUUAUGUUUUUUGCUCAAUUGUUGGAUCCAAGAGAGAAACUAAAGGGGCUAGAAUUUACUCUUAACUGUUUGUUUGAGAACAAUUUGUGGAAGGUUCAAAGAAUCAUGAGAAAGGUAAAAUUAGAAUUUCAGGAACUCUUUGAUGAUUAUAGUUCAGUGUAUUCAACUCAUGAGGAAGGGUCAUCUAGUGUUGCUUCUGUAGUUGCCAGUUCAGUUAGCACGCCAUCUCAAGGGUUGAAAUCAAGAAUGCAAUCAAGGAAGAGACAUCAUUGGGACAACCCAAGUUGUGUUGAAGAAGCAAGAACAACGGAGUUAGAUAGGUACUUGACAGAUGUGAUGAUGGAUGGAAAAAUGCGUGAAGUAGAUCAAGAUGAUGACUUUGACAUAUUGGCUUGGUGGCAGGCUAAUGCAAACAUGUAUAAGGUACUGUCCUACAUUGCAAGAGAUAUAUUAGCCUUGCCUGUGUCUUCAGUAUCCUCUGAAUCAGCUUUUAGCACCGGGAAGCGCGUGCUUACUCCAUGGAGAGCUUUUUAUGUCUACAAAGACAGUUGA